AUGGCACAUGUAUAUUUCGUCACGGCGGUCAUUGUGACGGCUUUCACGGCUAUCGGAGGGACUCGGCUCCAUUCGACAUUUAAGACCGCUGAGUGUCAAAGCUGCCGGUACUUAAGGCUUGAGGAUGGGGUACUGAUCCAAGGAACCAUUGUCAAUGCAAGUUCUGUCUUCAAAAGAAACCAGGAAAGAACCGCCACCACAUCCAUCGUUUAUUGUGCUCCUGCCAAAGAUCCAUGUUUAUCGAACCCCUGCAGUCAGGGCAAGGAGGGCUACGCACAUCCGUACAACCAGGGAUACGAUUGCGACUGUGCUUUCGGUUACUAUGGUGACGAGUGCCAACAAAACGGGAAAAUCGGUGGUAUUGUCGAUAAUGAAGGAAAGCUCUUGUUGUUCAAGAUGCCGACAUUUGAGUUAGAACACGAGAUACAGAUAGCUCCUCCCGAUCCAAUGAAAGUGCAAUACAAAUUUUACGCGGUCUACGAUCGCCUGAAUGAUCUGGUCUACGUUGCGGCGAAUGAUGUUUUCUACCGUGGCCGACCAAGUGCUUCCGGCCACUUUGAGCGUUUCAACGACUUCACCGAAAUGUAUCCCGGACAAGGAAGGAGUAUAUUGCUUGACAACAGUUCUACUUGGUUGUAUCUGGGUAACAGCGAAUCCGGUCUCAUAACGCGCUACCAGCUUCCGGAUAUGCUCCAGGAGGAGACAAUCUACCAUGAAAUCCACAACACUAGACGUACACCAGAGGAUACACCUAUUUAUCCUGGUCCGUUCGUCCUAGCCAUUUCACACAUCCAAAGAUUACUUUUCUGGAUGGAUUCGAAAGGGAUAAUGAGCUGCACCGUAGACGAUUGUAUGAACACUGCUGGACGUAUCCAUUUAUUUUCCGAGGAAAAAUUGCCAAAAGGAGUAGCUAGAUGCCAUCUCGUCGUCGAUGAUAAAAAUCCAUGUUUAUCGAACCCCUGCAGUCAGGGCAAGGAGGGCUACGCACAUCCGUACAACCAGGGAUACGAUUGCGACUGUGCUUUCGGUUACUAUGGUGACGAGUGCCAACAAAACGGGAAAAUCGGUGGUAUUGUCGAUAAUGAAGGAAAGCUCUUGUUGUUCAAGAUGCCGACAUUUGAGUUAGAACACGAGAUACAGAUAGCUCCUCCCGAUCCAAUGAAAGUGCAAUACAAAUUUUACGCGGAAAGGAGUAUAUUGCUUGACAACAGUUCUACUUGGUUGUAUCUGGGUAACAGCGAAUCCGGUCUCAUAACGCGCUACCAGCUUCCGGAUAUGCUCCAGGAGGAGACAAUCUACCAUGAAAUCCACAACACUAGACGUACACCAGAGGAUACACCUAUUUAUCCUGGUCCGUUCGUCCUAGCCAUUUCACACAUCCAAAGAUUACUUUUCUGGAUGGAUUCGAAAGGGAUAAUGAGCUGCACCGUAGACGAUUGUAUGAACACUGCUGGACGUAUCCAUUUAUUUUCCGAGGAAAAAUUGCCAAAAGGAGUAGCUAGAUGCCAUCUCGUCGUCGAUGAUAAAAUUGGCAAGAUCUUUUGGUCUGACUAUCUUUCAACUGAGGAUGGCUAUCCCCAUGAUAUCCUAAUGGCAAAUUUGGAUGGCAAGCGGGUUCAGACGGUGUGGAAAGGGACUUCCAAGUUCAAACUGAUGGUAUUCACAAUAUGGAACGACUGGCUUGUAGCCUACGAAUUGGAGUCGUUUCGAUUCUGGAUGAGUAGAUUCCGGAGUCACAUCGCCGAGUCAAGUAAAGAAACUGCUCUGCCGUGGAAGUGGUUUCAGUCUACGUUUCAAGGAAAACAUUACAUAACUGAAAUGGUUUCAGUUUAAAGUUCUCACGUAGUCAUGGCGGUGAAAUAAUUUAUGAAUAUACACCUGUUGGCCUAUGUGUUUUAGGCAUCUUUGAGUCCUUCC